AUGAUUAAAAUUGUGCAUCAUCCUGUUGUAAUAAAUAAUUUAUUUUCUCACCACAAGGUGCAAAAGAAGAAGAGCCUUUCCCCCCUGGGUUACUCCUCUCAUGUCCCCUUUUUAAAUGAACACAAUGAACUGAGGAAGAAGGCUGACCGUUUUAAGGUAUUCGUCAAGGAGGGAAAUAUACGAAAUAAUUGUGGCGGUAAAAAUGGGCGGCCUACACACAAAGGAAGAACCGAUAUAGACCAUCAAACAGGCAGACAGCUGAGGGGAGCUCAAAAGAAAUGCCACGAUAGGGAGACAACGCUGGAAGACGUGACCAAUCAGCGUGGAAGCGCACACCGUGGUGAAGAUGAAGAGGGGGAAAAAGGACACCAAAAGGAUGUCCAUUUUGUGAGUGAUAUGGCCCACGCGGGGGGGACCCCUUCGAAUGGCGACUCCACUGAGGGAGACACUGGUAACGGGGAAGGUCUUGGUGAUGACUCCACUGAGGUGCACGCGGGGUGGGCGCGAGAUUGGGAACGUCAUAUGGGAGAAAUCGCGGCGGAGGGAAAGGGAGCGUUUCGCGACAAGCGGGAAGAUUAUGCAAGCCGAGUGAGAAGCGAAGAAAAUGGGGGCGAAAAUGAAGGCGAAAAUGAAGGCAAAAAUGAAGGCGGAAAUGGGGGCGAAAAUGAAGGCGAAAAUGAAGGCAAAAAUGAAGGCGGAAAUGGGGGCGAAAAUGAAGGCGAAACUGCCCAGUCACAUCGAGAAGAGCCCCCCGACCUUCAUGGCAAACCGCAUCACGAACCGCUGCACGAUCCGCUGCACGACCGGAGAGGGAAAAAAAAAGGCGUCGACCUAAAAAUCAUAAGAAGCCUACCCCUGAUAUCUAUUAUAGGCAGACCGAAUGUUGGGAAGUCGACCAUAUUCAACCGACUGACGAGGAAGUUCCAAGAGGGCAGCAUCGUCCUAGGGGAAAGCAGCACAAGAGAUAAAAUUUAUGGAGAAGUAGAUUGGGAUGGCUACAAAUUUGAGGUGGUGGACACAGGUGGCCUCCUAUUCGAAGAUGAAAAAUUUUGCAAGCAAAUACGAGACCAAAUUAUGUUAGCGCUUAACGAGUCCUCAGUCGUGUUGCUCGUCGUUGAUGGGAUAAACGGCGUCCACCCUGUGGACCUCGAGAUAUGCAGGUUCCUCAGGAAGUACAUUAAAAAUGAGUGUAUUAGUAAAAUGGCCUCGGGGAAGAAGCGGGCCGGCCAGGUUGACCAUGCUGGGGUUGGAGAACACCCGCCUGAGGACGCAUCGAAAGGUAGCAGCUCAUCGAGUGAUGCGUCCGAAGGGUCCGCGGUGGAUACCUCCCAAACGGACGCAGCGUGCCGAAGGGUUCACAAGGUUGAUGACGCGAGGAGCGCAGAAAGGGAAGAAGAAGAAAACCAAAACGAAAACCAAAACGAGGACGAAAACGAAGAAGUCCAAACUGAUGGACGGAAAACGGCGAUGCUCAAAGUCAUCGUGUGCGUGAACAAAUGCGAGUCGUACAAAGACGGAAACGUGAAGGCGCAAAACUUCUGGGAACUGGGGUUCGGGACGCCCUACCCCUGCAGUGGGAUCCAUGGAAAUGGGCUGACCGAAAUUUUAGACGAGUGCAUCAAGUAUAUAAACAAAGUGGAGAUAAACGAAAUGGAAGAAGAAAAAAAAGAAGAAAACACCAUAAACAUUAGCUUCAUCGGAAAACCAAACACAGGGAAGUCAAGUAUUUUAAAUAAAAUCCUAAACUGUAACCGUUUCAUCGUUUCCCCGAUAGCAGGAACUACUGUUGACUCGAUUGACGUUUUAGUAAAAAUUAAAGACAGCGAUAGAAUUUACAGACUGAUCGAUACCGCUGGAAUACAAAAAAGGAAAAAAAACGUCCCCUUUAACGAAAAAACAAAAUAUGAAUACUUACUGUUCAACAGAACUGAGAAGGCCAUCAAACGUAGUGACGUCUGCAUCCUCGUCAUCGACUCGUUUAAUGGAAUAAGUUCGCAAGACAUCAACAUAGCAAGGAAAAUUGUGCAAGAAAAUAAAAGCUGUAUAAUUUGCUGCAACAAAUGGGAUUUGAUAUAUAACAAAAAUGACAUUUUUAAUGACACCAAAAAUUACGUUCUUAAUCUUUUAAAGCCAGUUGAUUUUGCCAACAUUUUGUUCAUAUCUGCUAAGACGUCUCAAAGAUUGCUUAACAUAUUUGAUCAUGCCGAAGAGACGUACAAGCAGUACACCAGGAAAAUAAACACAAACAGUUUGAAUGACGUUAUAAAGGAAGCUCUGCUCCUUAGACCUCCUAUCCCCAUCAGGAAUAAGUCACUAAAUAUUUACUACGCCUUUCAGACCCAUAUUAAACCACCCGGGUUUGUUUUUUUUUGUAACUCUCACAAGUGUGCUUAUGAAAAUUACACAAAGUAUCUGGAAAGCAGAAUACGGGAGAGCUUCAACAUACGGGGCACGCCUAUUAGAAUUUACUACAAGGAGAAGAGGAAAAGACGCCUCAUCAAGAAGGUCAAGAACCCGGACAAGUACAGCCUGGACGUUGAGGCCAUACAGAGGGACUUUCUAAAGGCACAGUCUGGUCAGAAGCCCCAGGGCUGA